GAGGUUGUAAUUCAGUUUUCCAACUCUCCUGUUCAAAAUUACCAAAAAUAUCUCUUUUUUUUAAUUUUCCCUUUCUUCUAAUUCCUUGCUCACCGAUUAGAGUGGGAAGGAAGGACAUGGCGGAAGCUAAUGGCGGGUUCGAGAGGGAAGCAUGGAAAGCUCAUGCCUCCAUGGCUUUGGUUCAAUUCAUCAAUGGAGGCUAUCAUGUAAUCACCAAAGUUGCCCUCAAUACUGGCAUCAACCAGCUUGUUUUCUGCGUCUUCCGUGAUCUUCUUGCUCUUUCAAUUCUUGCCCCCAUCGCCUAUGUUACUGAAAAAAGGAUUCGACCUCCUAUGACUAAACGCCUCCUCCUAUCAUUCUUCUUUCUUGGGUUAACUGGGAUAUUCGGGAACCAGCUUUUAUUCCUCAUUGGUCUGAGCUACACGAAUCCUGCUUAUGCCUCUGCCAUACAACCUUCAAUUCCAGUCUUUACCUUUCUCUUUGCUGUAAUGAUGGGUACAGAAAGAGUGAAUUUGCUCAAAACUGAGGGUCAAACAAAGGUUGGAGGUACCAUAAUCUGUGUUUCUGGCGCAUUGUUAAUGGUUCUGUUUCGUGGUCCGGCUUUGCUUGGACAGCCAAAUGAAGACUUUGCUUCCCUAAGUGACAUAAGUGCCAGUGGUCAACCGGAGAUUGCUGGAUGGCUUAUGUCUAGUUUUCUUGAGUUCGGACUUGAUCAUUGGCAUAUCGGAGUUCUAUGCUUGAUAGGGAACUGUAUUUGCAUGGCUGCUUUCCUGGCCAUUCAGGCUCCGGUUUUAGUUAAGUAUCCCGCCAACAUUUCCGUGACCGCGCUUUCCUACUUUUUCGGUGCUUUAUUGAUGGUAGUGACAUCAUUUCUUGACACCAAUGAGUCAACAGAUUGGCAUCUGAAACGGUCCGAGCUUCUUGCCGUUGUGUAUGCUGGAGUAGCAACAUCGGCUCUUAACUACGGACUCGUGACAUGGUCGAAUAAGAUCUUGGGGCCGGCUUUAGUAUCUCUCUAUAAUCCACUUCAGCCUGCGAUAUCAGCCUUUCUGUCGAGAAUUUUCCUGGGAAGUCCGAUUUAUUUGGGAAGUGUUAUUGGCGGAUUCCUGAUAAUCGCCGGUCUAUAUAUGGUCACUUGGGCAUCCUACAGAGAAAGACGCACGGCCACGGCUGUGAUGCCUCAGAUUGUUCAGCCCUCCGAACCACUUAUCCCGAAAUAUGCGUCAAGUAACAAGAACCCGUCCGUUUUCUAGGAACCAUAUGUUUUGUCACCGAUAUCCGGUGAUUAAGUGUGUAAUCCGAUAUGGUGUGAAGUUCCAUGACCUCUUUUCCACUGUAUAUUAGUUUGAUGGGGUAGCAAAAGAGAGAUUCAUUAAUGUUCAAGUUCAAAAUGCAACCGAUGAGGAUGGUUUGCUCCUUUGAUGCCUGCCUGAAUCUGUUGUA